UGUGUACCCGCAGCUGUUGUGUGUAUCAGUGGUCAGACAGGUGGCUCCUGACCCUCCCGAGUUUAACUGGAGCGCCUGAGCUGGUGUCUUUUGACUUGUUUUCGCCAGAAGUGCAGUGAUGAAUUAGACCCCAGAGGACUCCCAACAGAAAGGCUCGCCUCAGCUGCUGGCGCCGAUCAGGCCUCCCCGAUCCAACGCCCCACCAAGAGACACACCCCGGGACAUGUGCUGCACCAGCUGAGAAGCUGGAAUGCCUCCAUAAUAAUUCACUUAUCCAGAUAUUAAACCAUAAAGUCCUUUUCUAGAGUCAAAGAGCGAGUUUAGCAGCAGCAGGUUUUAGUUUAGCUUCAUGUUGUGUUUUCUUCUGGUGACAAAGUGCGUGUAUGUGUGUGUGUGUAGGAGCUUUUACGGGUUUGGACGGUGACGGCUGCGGUUUGACAUCACGCCAUCAGAAAGCGAUCCGCGUGAGUGAAAGGGACAAACAUUUAGGAGAAGAUACUAACGCCGAACAGCACGGCACGAGAAAGAAAGAAAAAACCGGAACAUUGAUUCGCGUCCGAGACAGUGACCGAUACCCGCCAUUCCCUGCCCGACGUCUCCGCCGCCGGCACGCUGCGCCCCGCUCAUCCCGCUGUAAAAGCAGCUCCCCGCCGGGGCAGUCCGGUCGCCUUCUCCCCCCACCCACCCUCGGUCCGGACGGCAGUUUAUUCCCUGGAUCCUGGAUGAACGAUCGGAGAGUUGUGAACAAGUGUGAGAAGAACGCCGAGGCUCCGCGAUCUGCGUCCCCCGCGCCGUCCACGGAAGACGAGACUCAGCCAGAGUUGUGGACGACAAUGGAGGGGACGUCCCUGUAUCUUCCUAUUGUUAUUUUACUCAUGCAAUGUUCCCCUUCGCUUCCCGUAACCGUGUCAACCAACAGGCCUAAGGUGGAGGUGGAGGAGUUCUCAGACGCAGAGCUGUCGUGCCUGUUCCACACGGAGAGAGACCCGAACCCGCGCAUCGAGUGGAAGAAGAAGGCAAAAGAAGUCUCCUUCGUUUACUUCGACGGACGCUUCAGAGGUCCCUUCGAAGGCCGAGCAACCAUCGACGGGGCGACGGUGACCCUGCACAGAGUGACCCAGGAGGACGCCGGAGAGUACCGCUGCGAGAUCAGCGCGUCCCUGGAUACGGUCAGCCUGGGCGAGACCAAUGUGACCCUCAACGUUUUGGUGCCCCCGCAAACCCCCACGUGCGAAGUCCCCGCCUCGGCCGUGACGGGCUCAGCCGUCCAGCUGCGCUGUCGGGACCAACAGAGCGUCCCGCCCGCCACGUACUCCUGGUUCAAGGACAACAAGCCAGUCAGCAAGCCCCGUCACACCAACGCGACCUACCUAAUCAACUCCCACACGGGAAUACUGGAGUUCAAAGCGGUCACCAAAGAGGACAGCGGUCGCUACAGCUGCCUGGCGUCCAACGGCGUGGGGUCGCCCAAAAUGUGCGAGGCCAAGCACAUGACCAUAGAGGACGUGAACAUCACCGUCAUCCUGGGGUCGGUGGUGGUGGUCUUCCUGCUGCUGGUGGUGUGUGGCUGCGGCGGGAUGCUGUUACAUCGUAACGGCUUGUUGACUCAAGGACACAGAGGGAGGUCGUUUUGGAUCUCCCAGUGUCACGGCGCGGCCCACAUCAGCAGCCAAACCCUGCACAGAGCGGACGACACGUCCAAUGUCAACUACGUUCCCCCACCCCAAGAACCCCAGGAUUUCAAACACACUCAAUCGUUCAUGCUCUGAGAAGACGGCUCUCCUUCGACGGAGAAUAAAUCCUGUGAUGAGGUGCCAACGAUGGAUUCAGAUUUCUUUCCCCGCUGUUGAUCUUCCAAGCAUACACCAAACUCGAUUCACGCUUCGUUUUGAUUUUAAUCUUUGCUUUUUGUGCUUUUCACUUUUGCCCAUCAAAAUCCUCUGCUCUUUGCUUAAAGCGGCGCUGUGGUACUCUGCCGCCCUCUGCUGGUUACAUCUCGAAAGUGAUCCUCUGACUUGACUUUUUUUUUUUUUUUUUAAACCAAAGACUGAUGUUUAAUUCAAGUGAAUUUUAUUUCCGUUUUAGAAACUGAAUCUAAGGGGAAUCUUCUGAAGCCAUACUGAAUUAUUUCAGUUGUUUCCAGACAACUCAGACUUAAAUACAACUUACCUCCAGUCAGUAUUUUGUCUUCUGUCUCAGGCCCAAACACCAUUAAAAUCCCCAUAUCUUGAUCUUAGUAAAACCAGGAGGAAUAAGUUUGACUCGUUCAACUUGAGACCAACCCCCUUCCGUCCUGAUGUGCCUGCAUGGUCUUCUUUGAUAAAUGUAUACAUAAAUUAUCUACAGUAAACCUUGUGCCUUUUUAAUUUCACAGUCAUAUCGAUCUCGGGAUCACGCUUUUUUGUAAACAAACUUGCCUUACUUUUCUGUAUUUAUAUAUAUAUAUCUAUUCUCGUGCCACUGUUUAUCGAAUGACGUGUGGAUGACUGUACAGAGUUUUAUUUGAAUGAAUCAAUAAAAGUUUUUUCUUUUCUAUUAA